UGAUUGCAGUGGGAGUGGGCUCGCUCUGCAUUUUUUUGUUAGAAACUCUAAAUGGUAUAACUAUUUUGUGCGAAUCCGUAUCAGUUCAUAUCAAUCAGUCCAGUUCGUGGUGUAUAGCAUGUUGUAAUUUAAAAAGAGAUGUAUUGACAUUUUUCGUUUUGGUUUACAAAUAUGGCGAGCUAAUGUUUCGAAUCUUACGUUAACAGCGUUUGUGAACCAGAUAGCUCCUAACUGGCUAGCGUGUAUGCUCAUAUUAUUACGGAUAUGACAUCGAGUAAGUUAACUGUUAGCUAACGUUUGCUAACUGCGCAUCCCUGGAAGUUUUAUAAUAGCUGUUGUGAAGCUAACUGGUUAGCUCGUUGAGAAAAGACUGACUGAUAUAGGCAUUUAGUGAAAUCACACCUCCCUUGAAAUCCCAGGUCACUAGCUAGAAAUAGCAGGUGCAUGAUCAAUGGCCUUCAUAACGUCCACUCCAGUCACCUCAACAAGCCGGACAUCCCGCACGGCACAGCGCAGCACGGCCGGGAUAUCCCCGUCCGGCACGAGUCCCACACGCAUCACUCGCAUUCAGGAGAAGGAGGAACUCAGGCAGCUGAAUGACCGACUUGCCGCAUACAUAGAGCGUGCCCGACAGCUGGAGAAUGACAAAUCUUCCAUGCGGAUGCUGUUGGAGGAGAAGGAAGAAUCGUCGACCAGAGAAUUGGGAAAAAUCCGGCUUCUGUAUGAAAACGAACUCGCCGACGCUAGGAAGACACUGGACAGUACGGCCAACGAGAGGGCGAGGCUGGAAAUAGAACUGUCUCGACUCUCAGAAGAUCACCGAAAACUGCAAACAAGGAAUAGUAAGAAAGAGUCUGAGCUGGCCACGGCAGUGGGGCGGUGGAGAAACCUUGAAGCUGCCCUAAACUCCAAAGAGGCAGAAUUUUCUAACUUACUGGCAGCAAACCGGGGACUGGAAAAUGAAAUCUCAGACCUCAAGGACCAGGUUUCCAAUCUGGAGCUGGCCUUGCAGGAUGCUAAGACUCAGCUCCAUGCAGAGAUGCUGCGGAGGGUGGACAUGGAGAACCAGGUGCAAACGCUACGGGAGCAGGUGGAUUUUCAGAGACACCUGAGUGAGCAGGAGGUCAGGGAGAUGCGGAGCCGUCAUGAGACCAGGCUGGUGGAGGUGGAGUCCGGGCGGCAGAAGGAGCUGGAGCACAAGCUGACCGAAGCCAUGCAGCAGCUCCGGCACGAGCACGAGAUCCAGAUCCAGCAGUACAAAGAGGAGCUGGAGAGGACCUACAGUGCCAAAUUAGAAAAUGCACAGCAUACAGCUUCCAAGAAUAGCGACUUGGCCAGUUCCACCAGGGAAGAGCUUGCUGGAACCAAACUGCGACUAGAGAGCAUGUCCUCUCAGCUCAGCCAUUUCCAGAAGCAGAGCAGUGUCCUGGAGACCCGCGUGCGGGAGCUGGAGGCCAUGUUGGACUGCGAGAGGGAGGCCGGCCAGCGGAGGCUGACGGAGAAGGAGCGCGAGAUGGCGGACAUGAGGCAGCAGAUGCAGGCCCAGCUGGAGGAGUACGAGAACCUGCUGGACGUCAAGCUGGCUCUGGACAUGGAGAUCAACGCCUACCGGAAGAUGCUGGAGGGAGAGGAGCAGAGACUGAACCUGUCUCCGAGCCCGGCCCAGCAUGCACCAGUGUCACGCACGCACUUGCAAGCUGGCAGAAGGCAAAGGGGGAAGAAACGCAAGCUGGAGGGCAGGGCCAGUUUGUCUCCUGGUUACAAGAUCUCCCAGCAUGCCUCAGCACAGGGGAGCGUGUCCAUUGAUGAGAUCGACUUCGAAGGGACCUACAUCAAGCUUAGGAACAACUCUGAGACGGACCAGCCUUUGGGUGGGUGGGUCUUAAGAAAGAGCCACAGGACCACGCCCGAGGUGUCCUUCCAGAUCCCAGCCUCUUGCGUCCUGAGAGCAGGACAGACACUAACGAUUUGGGGGGCGGGUGCUGGGGUUGAGCCGAAAGCCCCCACUGACUUUGUGCUGCAGAGGAGCUGGGGACUGGUGGACGAUGUAAGGGUUUCCCUGGUCAGCCCUCUUAAUGAGGAGAAGGCGGAAAGGAGCCUGGUCCGCGUGCAGAGGGCGGGUGAGGGCGAUUCUGAGCUGGAGCUGGAGGAGGAGGAAGCUGGCGGUAGCGAGUUGUAUCUCCGCCGACAGCCAAAAAGAAGAAAAAAGAAAUGUUGUUUGGUCUCGUGAGCGCCACCUUGUGGUGCAGACAGACCAUCAGACCCCCUGUAGGGGCAGACCGAAGAGGACACCAGGUGCGCCGUUAUGUAACCAUGUUCAGUCAUAACGUGAGCACGCUGUGACCGGAGACGACCCAAGUUCCUCUCCGUUUUCUCUGACAGAACAGUGUUCAGGAUUACUCGGUUGGUGACAGAAAAAAGACCACUUGUACAUUACAACAUUUCUCAAACUGCUUUGGAAGUUGCAUAUUCAGAAUCUUUAACAGAGUAACUAUAGGAAAAUGUUCACUAUGAAUACCAUUCCAGUAAUUUGCGUUAUACAUUGGCUCAAUCUGCUUUUUGAGUGGAUUUUUGAGAGGAAAUUGAUGAGCAAUACCCUCUAUUCAAAUGACUGUCUGUCACAGGCUCCCAUAGCAAAUUAUAUCAGAGUUUUGAGUUGGGCUAGCACUUUGUCCCCCGCUCAACGACUCACGUGACCUACUUAAGGCUCUUAAAUUUCAACGGUUAGCACUGUGACCUCAACCCUGUGACCGAGACUACACAGUAUUCAAUUGUAUGAGUGAUAGUGGAAUAGUUAUUUAUGCACACAUUUACAUUUGAACAUGAGAUGUACAUUGGGGAAAAUAUUUUUUAUAUGCUAUGACCCACCUGCCAUGAUGGCAAGGGUCCCCAAAAUUGAAUUGUAGAUACUCCAGAACUGAGCUUUUUUUUUUUUUACUAUUCCAAUAUGCCACUUAGCUUUUGAAAAGAGCAAAUACAUAAAAUAACAGUUUUGUUUUUCAAAUAACAAAAAUGUAAUGCUAGUCUGAAAAUCUCAUUGAUAUUGUCAUGGCUCUGUCCCUCAUAUAAUUUGAAUUUCUGUGGAGGGUUGGGUCUGUAAUACCUUUUAAAUCAACCAGUUCUGUUAAGUUUUUAGAGAAUAUUAUUUUGAUUACAAGGAGAGACAUUCAUUUGAGCUACUUUCAUUAUUGUUUUGUUUGUGCCUUAUUUGGACAGAAAUGAGUGUCACAGCUGCCCUAAUGACAAUAGCACUUGUAUUUGACCAAGGGUCCCUCUAUCACAAGGGUUCUUAUUCCAUAUUGUCUCAAGCUCCUCCUGUACAGUAUGCAUUAGCUAAUAGUAUUCGAAAGCACACAGUCAUACAUAUGUGCAUCUGUCCAUUUAUUCUACCUCUUGAUCGCUAUAUUCAAUAUUGGUGUGUAAUGAAAUUAUAAAUGUUUUCCCCGUCAAAAUGAAUGCACACAUCGCAAAUUAAAGCUUGACCAUUAAAUUGGAUUUUGUUCUAGAAACGUAAUGUCAUGACCACUUGCCUAAGUCAAGUAAUGGAUGUUAUGGAAGUAUUUAUAAUUAUAAAAUAUUUUGAUGAGGUAAUGCAUUUCAAUACUUUAGGUGAACAGAAUAAAAAGCAUUUAGCAGUAGAGUCCUCUGCUCUUUGGUUUUGGCUAUAGACGCUUGGCUUUCUAACUCUGUAUUGUUCCAAUCGUAUCUUCAGCAUAAUUUGCUGAGGUCCCCUCCCCUUCCAUAAGUAUCCAUGCUGAGGUCUUCUCGCACUGCUUGGCACAGGCACUUGUUCCCCUUUGGCUUUAUUCAAAUAAUUUUCAAAAAGUAAAAACAUAAACAUUGGAAAGGCCUCUUAUUGUCAGUCCAUUGCCUUGGAAAAGAACAAGACUUGUCUUUAGUUAUUUAUUAAAUGUGUGUUUCAACAGUAUUCUAAAGUAUUUUGUAAAACUUCAAUAAAGAUUUUCACUGAACUGA